AUGUCAUCUAUGUUGCAGGAAUUCCGAGCAAAACGUGAAGCUCAAAGAGUCCGAGUUGAAGACAAAUAUGAAAUUUUGGGUUUUAUCAGUUCAGGAACUUAUGGAAGAGUAUACAAAGCACAAGCAAAACAGAAAAAUAAAGGUUCAAUUGAUGAAAAGCCACUCAUGUAUGCGAUAAAAAAAUUUAAACCUGAUAAAGAAGGCGACGUCACUACUUACACAGGGAUAUCGCAGUCUGCAUGUCGAGAGAUAUCGCAAAUAAUCCACCAUCAUAGUAGUCAGCAUAACCAACACGACAGAUCAUCUGCUAUUCCCGAAUUCACUAUCAAAUCAUUUUUAUGGCAACUACUUAAUGGAGUAGCAUAUCUUCACGCUAAUUGGGUUUUACAUAGGGAUUUAAAACCGGCAAAUAUUUUAGUCACCGCCGAUGGUGUAGUGAAAAUUGGUGACUUAGGACUUGCUAGAAUUUAUCAACUUCCCUUACAGCCUUUGUUUAAUGGUGAUAAAGUAGUUGUGACAAUAUGGUACCGAGCGCCUGAACUUUUACUCGGGUCUAAACAUUAUACCAAAGCGAUAGAUAUUUGGGCUGUUGGAUGCAUUUUUGCUGAGUUAUUGACCUUAAGACCAAUAUUUAAAGGAGAAGAAGCAAAAAUGGACAAUAAAAAGAGCGUUCCAUUUCAGAAAAACCAGUUGACAAAGAUUUUUGAAGUAUUGGGGAAACCAACAAAGGAUCAAUGGUUCGAAAUCGAAAAACAACCGGAAUAUUCUCAGCUAGCUUCUUUUAGAGCGUAUCCAAAUAGACUACGGGAUUUUUAUCAACAUCAUUGUUCAUCGAAGUCUGAACAGGGGUAUGCUUUAUUGGCUCGUAUGUUAGAAUAUGAUCCUUUAAAACGAAUUACUGCUGAGGAAGCCCUGAAACAUCCUUAUUUUGAGGAAGAUCCCAUCCCGUCCAUGGAUUCUUUCGACGGACAGCCAUUUCAAUAUCCAUCACGAAGUGUUAAACAUGAUGAUAAUGAUAUGAAAGCACCACCAGCAGCAGCUAAUGCCAGCACAACUACACAAGGUCAGGCAGGAGCAUCGCAAGGUGGAGUAGGUGCGGGACGAAAGCAUGCUCAUUCUGGAAAAGACGAAGGAAGAAAUAAUAAGAGGCGAGGCUAG